AUGAAGCGCGCAUCGAAGUAUGCGCUAAAGUGCGCGUCGAAUUCCGCGGCUAAUUGUACGUUGAAUUGCGCGUCGAAUUGCGUGGUUAGAGCUGUGCGAAUCGCGCUGUAUGAAGCGUGUACGGCAUUCAUUCCGACGCGGAAGCGCGUUUUGAAACGCGCAUCAAAUUAUGCGAUAAAGCGCGCGUUGAACUCCGCGGCUAAUUGUACAUUGAAUUGUGCAUCGAAUUGCGCAUUUCGAGCUAGGCGAAUCGUGCUGUAUGAAGCGCGUACGGCAUUCAUUCCGACGCGGAAGCGCGUUUUGAAGCGCGCAUCGAAUUGUGCAACAAAGCGCGCGUUGAAUCCCGCGGCUGAUUGUACGUUGAAUUGCAUGUCAAAUUGCGCGUUUAGAGCUAUGCGAAUCGCUGUACGAAGCGUGUACGGCAUUCAUUCCGACGCGGAAGCGCGUUUUGAAGCGCGCAUCAAAUUAUGCGCUAAAGCGCGCGUUGAAUUCCGCGGCUAA